UUUUUUUUUUUUCUUAAAUACCAAAAUUUCCUUGAAGAUAAAAAAAAGAGUGAAAGAGACCAUGACAGAUCAAGCAACAACGAGUCCAACCACCGCUCCGCCAGCUGCAUUGGGCCAGACCAAGCCUACAGUCUUGAUUGUUGGUGCAGGUCUUGCAGGACUCCUAUUGGGUUUACUUUUAGAGAAGAUCAAAGUCCCUUACCAUAUUUAUGAGCGUGCUGUAGAAGUACGGCCACUUGGGUCUGUGAUGACUUUGGGAGCAAACAUUCUGCCAGUCUUUGAGCAACUGGGCCUAUUAGAAGAACUAUACAAGAUUUCACUCCCGCUUUAUUCAGCAUACAUUUAUAGCACUGAUAUGAAACAGGUUGGAUUCUUGGAUGGGAAGGGACAGAAAGAACUUACUGGCUACGACAUGCUGGCAUUCUCAAGACCAAAGCUCUACGACUUGAUGCGGAAACAAGUCCCAGUGGAGAAGAUCAGCAUGAAUAAAAAAGUGAUUCGGAUUGAAGAGGUCCCUAGUGAGGACAAGAUCAGAAUCUACUGUGUUGAUAAUUCACAUUAUGAAGGCCAUAUCCUAGUAGGAGCUGAUGGGGCUUAUAGUGGGGUCCGUAAGAGCCUAUACAAACAGCUGGAUGAGAAAGGAGUGUUGCCCAAGGAAGAUCUUGACAACUUCAAGAUGGCCUACGUCAAUUUAGUCGGCGUUGCAGACUUCAAGGACAGGGGGAAUGAUCAAACGAAUGAAAAAUAUCCACAGUUGAAAGACAACUUUGGAACUUUUGCGCAGAUUCUUGGGCAUGAUAAUCGCAGUUGGGGCGUCCGUAAUGUAGCGGACAAGCAAAUCUGUUGGUCCCUGAGUGCACAAGUCGCGGAGCCAGAGAGCCAAGGUUUGAACAUCAAUAACGCAGAAUGGGGCCCAGAAGCGAAUGAAGCCAUGAUUAAGCAGUUUGAGAACGAGCCCUGUCCCUGGGGCGGUAAAAUGGGCGACCUUAUUGAAGCCACUCCCAAGAAUUUAAUUUCCAAAGUCGUCCUCGAAGACAAAUUGUUUAAGACAUGGUACCAUGGUCGGACAGUUCUGAUCGGCGAUGCUGCCCACAAGAUGCUUCCUGGAGGCGCUCAAGGAGCGAUCAAUGCGAUGCAGGAUGCUGUAGUGUUGGCCAAUAGUAUCUUUGCUUUGACUGAUCUGUCUUUCAAAAACAUCACUGCAGCUUUUGAGACAUACUACCAUCAACGAUACAGUCGUGCAGGUGGGCAUGUCAAGCGUAGCAGUGUCAUGUCUCAACUCAUGGCGGGGCAGACAUGGACUGAUCGAACCAUUCGCCACGUGAUGUUCAACUACAUCCCAGAGUGGAUCCAUCAGUGGAGUCUGUCUAAAACUGCAGAGUACCGCCCACAACUGGCAUGGCUCCCAUUAGCCCCAAACCGCGGCAAAGGAAAUGUCUCGCCUCAGGAAUGCGUGAGGAAAGAGCUCGAGGAAACCGCCCAGGCUAUUUGAUAAAAAUAUAUCCCCUUUUCCACUUCAAAAGCAUUGAAGCAAAUAGUUGGUGACCAUGGAUGGCAUCUGUUCAAAAUAAGAUAAAGUGCAUACCCUCUUGAACACAAUUGAAAUGAAACACGUUAACAGCGCCCUUCAAAUAUCAAAACAAAAAUUUGCCAUUUGCCAUUUUUAGGCGAACGCAAUAGUCGAAAAGUCACUAAAACGGCAAAUGUCAUUUUUUGUUUUGAUAUUUGAAGGGCACUAUAUGUAAUCAGGG